GAGGGCUGCGGGGGAGGUCCGAGACUGCUGGGGGUUCGGAGACCCUCCCGGACUCCUCCCUUCCUGUUCCGGACCUCGCCCCUUCCCCCGCGCCGCGUUUUCUCCCCUGGCGGAUGCAGCCGCGACCUCGGCCUCAGUAGCUCUUCCCGCCUCCCCGCGCUGCCUGCGCUGGGCCGGACGAUGCCCAGGAAGCUGCUGCUGCUGCCCCCGCUGUCCGUAUCCUCGACCUUUCGCGCCCUUCGAGCCCGACCCGCCGCCUUCCCCACCAUGAACGCCGCCCGUACGGGAUACCGGGUCUUCUCGGCCAACUCCACCGCUGCCUGCACCGAGCUGGCCAAGCGCAUCACCGAGCGUCUUGGUGCUGAGUUGGGAAAGUCUGUUGUAUACCAGGAGACAAAUGGAGAAACAAGAGUUGAAAUAAAAGAAUCUGUUCGUGGUCAAGAUAUCUUCAUUAUACAGACAAUACCAAGAGAUGUGAACACGGCUGUUAUGGAGUUACUGAUCAUGGCCUACGCACUCAAGACGGCCUGUGCCAGAAAUAUUAUUGGAGUCAUCCCUUACUUUCCCUAUAGCAAACAAAGCAAAAUGAGAAAGAGAGGUUCCAUUGUGUGCAAGCUCCUAGCUUCCAUGUUAGCCAAAGCAGGUUUAACACACAUUAUAACUAUGGAUCUUCAUCAAAAGGAAAUACAAGGCUUUUUCAGCUUUCCCGUGGACAACCUUAGAGCAUCACCUUUCCUACUUCAGUAUAUCCAAGAAGAAAUUCCAAAUUACAGAAAUGCGGUCAUUGUAGCCAAGUCCCCUGAUGCUGCAAAAAGGGCCCAAUCAUAUGCUGAGAGACUUCGCCUGGGUUUAGCUGUAAUACAUGGAGAAGCUCAGUGUACAGAGCUCGACAUGGAUGAUGGACGUCAUUCUCCUCCAAUGGUCAAAAAUGCCACUGUACACCCUGGUCUUGAGUUGCCUUUGAUGAUGGCCAAAGAAAAACCACCAAUCACUGUAGUUGGAGAUGUUGGAGGGAGGAUUGCCAUCAUAGUGGAUGACAUCAUUGAUGAUGUGGAAAGUUUUGUUGCUGCUGCUGAGAUACUCAAAGAGCGCGGUGCCUACAAGAUUUAUGUCAUGGCCACUCAUGGCAUCUUGUCUGCAGAUGCUCCUCGCCUAAUUGAGGAAUCUUCCAUUGAUGAAGUGGUGGUGACCAACACUGUUCCUCAUGAAGUACAGAAGCUGCAGUGUCCCAAGAUAAAGACUGUUGAUAUCAGCUUGAUUCUUUCUGAAGCAAUACGGAGAAUCCACAAUGGGGAAUCCAUGGCUUACCUAUUUAGAAACAUUACUGUAGAUGACUAGAAUCCAGACUUGCUUUGUUCUGGGGCUUUUGAGGAAAAAAGGCAGGGCCAUCAGUUAUGUAUAUUGAGGUGUUUUUUUUUUUUGAGGAGGAGAGUGCUGGAGGUUUCUUGGAGUGAUGGUAGAGAAGCAAAAGAAAAUCAAAUUGAGCAGUGUUUUUACCAGAAACUUUCUUUUGCCGUGUGGAGAAGCAUUGUGACGGAGAUGAUUUAAUGCUGAAUGAGUCAGCAGGCUGAAGGAUCUCCUACCAAUCCAUUUCUUUUUAUAAAAGCUAUUAAGGCCCUAUGCUUAAAAUGAAUCCAUUUCAAAGAUUUAACUGAAACUGUUUCAUAACCCAACUAAUUGGUUUGUUUCUUAGAAAAUGGGUUGUUACAUUGAAAUUGCUUCUACAAACAAUACUUCCCUGUAUCGAUUAUGAAUCAAGUUAUCUCUUAAGAAAGGAGUAAGUAUUCUGUCACUUAAGAAUGUGAGAUUUCAUGGGGCUAAAUACAGUUAGGAAGUAGUACAGUAAUAUCAAGAUUGGGCUGUCUAGCCUAUGAAUCUAGAACCUAUGAUACAUGCAGGGUUUUUUCAAAAUUGCAAAUUAAAUAACUUGAUCUUUACCUAACCCCAUUACAUUGCAGAAGCAUGUGCCUUGCCCCUUCCCCCCUUACAUUUGCCUGUCCCAUCUAAUGUCCUUUCCUGUCUUACUACAUGAAUGAGGGGUGUGUAUGAUGAGUACUAGGGACUGAACUGAUAAAUUACAGCAUUAUAAAUUACAUAGCAACAUGAGAUUAAAAUCUCUUUAUUAGCUCACAGUACUGGGUGCUGUGUGAAUAGAUUCCUGCUUUUGCCUGUACUAAUUAAUCUUAUCCCUUCCAGCCAAGGGCCAAUCAUCAGUGGGAGGUGAGUGUAGCCUUCCUCCUAAGCAAUGAAUGUCACUGACCUAGAACUCAUUCCAUUUCAUUCAUUGUUUGAGGGUUAAGAAGCACAAAUGGACUACUGUGCAGUUGCAUUUCUUUCUCCCAGCAUGAAGGUUUUCUUCUCUCUUCAGUAAGUUCCUAAGUCUCCAGAUAAAACUUUUUGGCCAGUUUAAUUUCGUUCUUCCAGAGCUGCCUUGUAGGUCUUUAGAAGUCAACUAGCUGUGUGACACUGAGAACAUUAUCCCUCUGAACAGAUCAUGCCUCCACUGUAAGACAGGAAGGUAUGGCCUGGGAUCAGUUGAGCUUCUAGAAUCUAAUCUGUUGGCCCCUUCACCACUUACAGAUUUUUGCAGUUGAUUCUGAUACUGUGUAGUAAACAUUCUGUAUUGAAGUACAAAGUUCCCUUGUGGCCAAAAUGUAUUAUUCUCCACUUUUGUCAAAAUUUGUCUGGAAGGCUAGUCUUAGUAAUUCUGGAGAAAAAUAAUCAAACCAUGGUUCUCCAAGGGUUAACUCUUGAGCUGAAUGAGUGAGUUUUGUGAUGCAGAAUCUGCUAGGAUGUAGAGAGGUGGUUUGUUUUUUUAAGUUAAAUGAAUAAAAUGGCAGUGGAGCAUCUGAGCGCUUGAUUUUCAUUGAGCUUUCAAUUCAAGUCUAUCAAAAGUUAGCUGAGUUAACAUUCCUUUUUUAUCAUCACUACCUGAAUUUUAAUGAAGUCGGGUAACUUAAGAACAGCUCAUUUGUGCCAUUUUGAAUAAAAAGAACUAAUCUUUGAGUUCACAUGUUUAGACUCACCAAAGUAGUGCAAAGUUCCUUUAAAUAAUUAGUUCCAGCUGCAUUUUAAGUAGAUUGAAUUUUUUUCUUUCUGCAACAGAGUUUAGUGAUAUAUAGUAUAAAACUGGAUUUGGAGUUUGAAAAAACCCAAAAAAACUCUUGGGUUCUAAUCCCAUCUACCACUUAAUAACUUUUUGACCUUCCAUCAAGUCACAAUUCUACCUUGAGUCUUAGUGUUCUCAUUUGCAAAGGGAAGGGAUUGGACUGGAUUUUUAAGAGCCUUUUCAGCUAUGAUCCGGUUGAACAUAGGGAAUGGUUAAAUGCCAAGCUUCAUCUUUCUAAUUAGCAGCAGAAUUGAGACUUCACUAAAGUUAUCUUUGAUUUUAGAGAAAUCUGUUCAUGUAGCAGGAGAAAAGCUUGCCACGUAGAGCACUUUCAAGAUUAUAGAUAUUUACCACUUUUCUACCUCCAUAGUGAAACACCCUCCACACUCCCUCACCUUUUUUUUUUUUUU